AUGGCUUCAAAGGAUACUUCAAUGCCGGGGCGGCUGGAUCGACGAAAAUCUUCGACGCUACAUUACCAGACCUUUCCAACUCCCCCACCGAAAUCUCGAGGUCGUCCGCCAGUUUCGCCAGCCGGCUCCUCGGGCAAUCCAGAUGGCUCCUCGAAUCCCCUGAACCACGGUGCUGGCGACGAUGAGGACCAAAGCUCGCCACUACCCACCAGGCAGCUUGCUAUUCUAGCUGUGAUCGCACUUGCGGAGCAAACAGCGCUCAAUUCGAUAUCUCCCUACCUGCCGGAAAUGACCUCCACCUUUCCAGAAGUCGAUGUUCAGAGUUUGGGACUAUAUGUUGGCAUAAUUGGAUCAUCAUUCGCGCUGGCGCAAUUCGCAACCAACUUCUUCUGGGGCUGGUUGAGUGAUAAGAUUGGGCGUAAACCAGUAGUCAUGCUUGGUACAAUUCUUACAGCUGCAUGUUUCCUCGCAUUUGGCUUUUGCCGAACACUGUGGCAGGCAGUAUUGGUGCAAGCCCUUAUGGGGCUGGUCAAUGGGAAUCAGGGUGUUAUCAGUACUUGCCUGGGCGAGAUCACGGAUCGAAGUAAUCAAAGUAAAGCAUUCGUGUAUCUUCCUGUGAUAUAUGGUAUUGGAGGAAUUACAGGCCCCGCUUUGGGAGGUUUACUGGUGAAGCAGGGGGCGCCCUAUCCGUUUCUCUUACCGAAUCUCUUCUCCGCUUCGAUUUUGAUUGUAGAUCUCAUUCUUACUGGCAUCUUUCUCGAGGAAAGCUUAGAACAGGCUAAGGAUCUUCCUCCUCUCCAGGUCCGCGCCAAGAAUCUUUUCAGCUGGAUCUGGCAAUUUGCAGGCGGAGCGCGACGUCCAACGUAUCUAAAGCGACAUAUCCGUCGUCAUUCACGGCACAGAGUUGAUGGAGCGAUGGACGAGCCAUCAGAAGAUUCAGCUUCAGACAAUGCAAGCGAGACGCAAUCCUUGAUGUCAAUUCCAGAAUUAUUCCCUCACAAUGAAGGACAUCUCGGCAAGGAAGUCCUCAACCGCAAUACAAUUCUCCUGCUUGGCACUUAUCUUGUGUUUCAACUUUCCAAUAUCUCCUUCAAUGUACUCUAUCCUAUCUUUGCAGAGUCUCCAGCGCCCACCGGUCGUGAGCUCAAAACAGCGGAAAUUGGACUUUCGCUUUCGUUUGCUGGAAUCAUCACCAUUAUCUUCCAGGUUGGCAUUUUUGGCAAACUAAAGGAAAAGAUGGGCAAUAAAUCAACUUACAGAGCCGGACUUUUCCUCUUCUUUAUUUCAAUGAUGUUGAUGCCGUGGGUAGGCUAUCGAGACUCUCCAGCGCCUUUUGGCUGGGGCUCAGGUGUUACAUGGUUGUGGAUUGAGAUUGGAGCAAUUCUGCUUCUGAAAACAGUUGCUGCAGUUGGCGGGUUGACAAGUGCACUCUUACUGAUCACAAAUUCAGCGCCAAACCACUCAGUACUGGGCACAUUGAAUGGCCUUGCUCAAACGCUCUCCGCCGCCGGGCGUGCACUUGGUCCCUUUCUUUCCGGAGGCCUCUUCUCACUCUCGACACAGAUUCAUCCAAAAGGGGAAGCCCUGGCCUGGGGAACUUUCGGCGGUAUUGCCUUCCUUGGUUGGCUCUUUAGCUUCGGUAUACGAGGAGAAGAACUAGAAGAUGCCGACUGGGAAGGAAGCGAAAGCCAUGAUGAAGAAGAGGAUACCGAUGAAGAUCUCGAGAACGGAGCGGGGCGCUAG